AUGUCUUGUCUCUACAUCAAUGAAUCAGCUGGUGCAGAUGAAAUUAGUGGAAAAGGUACCGAGGAGUCUCCUUAUAAAACAGCAGCAUUUGCGCUAUUCUGUCAUCGAGAGGCCAAUGGAUCAGAUUCUGCGGAACCCAAACUUUUGGUGUUUAAGACCGAAGAUAAGGAGUAUCAAGAAAUUUCAGCAUCCGCAUUGAAGAAAGCACGCAAGGGUUGCGAUGGUUUGCUGAAAAAAGCUCUCAAACAGAAGGAGCAAGAAUCGAAAAAGCAACAGCAAGAAGCUGACAAUGCAGCCAAGGAGUUAGCAUCCCUGAAGAUCAAAAUCGAGGAGAACAAGUCCCUUCCAAAGGCUGAAAAGUCCAAGAUUUGCAAGGCUUACGAGAAAGUGGGUCAAAGAGUUAAGGUUUCUGGUUGGAUUCAUAGAUUGCGUUCAAACAAGAAGGUGAUCUUCAUUGUUUUGAGAGACGGUACAGGCUUCAUUCAGUGCGUUCUCUCAGGUGAUCUUGCCAUUGCGAAACAGACCCUUGAUUUAUCGUUGGAAUCAAGUGUCAUCCUCUAUGGUACUGUAACAAAGGUUCCUGAAGGUAAGAAUGCUCCAGGAGGUGUUGAGUUGGCAGUCGAUUAUUACGAGGUUGUUGGUCUUGCGCCAUCUGGUGAGGACGCCUUCACCAACAAGAUUGCAGAGGGGGCAGACCCAUCCCUGUUGUUGGAUCAACGCCACUUGGUCCUAAGAGGUGAAACUAUAUCUGCAGUCAUGAAGGUCCGUGCAGCUUUACUAAGGGCAGUGAGACGUGUUUUUGAGGAGGAGCAUAUGACCGAGGUCAAUCCACCAUGUAUGGUUCAAACUCAGGUUGAAGGUGGAUCUACUCUAUUUGGCUUUGAUUAUUAUGGAGAAGAAGCGUAUCUAACACAAAGCUCUCAAUUGUAUUUGGAAACUUGUUUGGCUGCAUUAGGCGAUGUUUAUUGUGUUCAAGAGUCAUUCCGUGCUGAAAAGUCUCACACUAGAAGACACUUGUCUGAAUAUACCCACAUUGAGGCUGAACUGUGUUUCUUAGACUUCAAUGACUUAUUGAACGUCAUUGAAAAUCUACUGGUCAAAAGUGUCAAAUAUGUUAUGGAAGAUCCAGUAGCCGGUCCUCUCCUCAAACAGUUAAAUCCAAACUUCAAACCACCCCAGAGUCCAUUCAUGAGACUUGAAUACAAGGAUGCCAUUGAAUGGUUGAAAGAACAUGAUAUCAGGAAUGAAAACGGGGAAAUUUUCAAAUUUGGUGAUGAUAUUGCUGAAGCUGCAGAAAGAAAAAUGACAGAUACUAUCGGAGUUCCAAUAUUAUUGACAAGAUUCCCUGUUGAAAUCAAAUCUUUUUACAUGAAACGUUGCGCGGACGAUCCUCGUGUUACCGAGUCUGUCGAUGUUUUGAUGCCAACUGUUGGUGAGAUUACCGGUGGUUCAAUGAGAAUUGAUUCUACUGAAGAAUUGAUGGAAGGUUUCAAACGUGAAGGUAUUGAUCCAAAGGCCUAUUAUUGGUUCAUCGAUCAAAGAAAAUACGGUACUUGCCCUCAUGGUGGUUUCGGCUUAGGUACGGAACGUAUCCUUGCGUGGUUAUGCGACAGAUUCACUGUUAGAGACUGUACCUUAUAUCCACGUUUCACUGGUAGAUGUAAACCAUGA